UUUACAUUAUAAUUUUCACCUGGUUAUUAUUAUUAAUUUUAGUUUGAAAGUGUUGACCUUCAUUCAAGGUUAUUGUAAUUAACCAAUCCAACUAUAUUAUCAAAUCAAUGAAAUUACCAUUAUCUGGAUCAUUAGUUACCAUAACUUCUAAUAAUAAGUCAAGUUUUAGAAAAAAGUAAAAAUCAUAUUCUAUUUUGAUAAUUAAUUAAUUAAUUUUUUAAUAGUUGAGAUCAUGAGUCAAUGGAAGCUAGACUACCAUGGAAAACAUGAAAGCACUAGAUGACUGUUUCAUCCUAUUAUGGGAAUCCUCCUUGGGAAUACGCAUCUAUGAUCUCACCUCGUGGGAUUCGAAUUCAAGAUCUAUCAGUCUAGCACGUGAGCGCUUAACCACUAGAUCACUGAUUCAUGAUCUCAACUAUGAAAAUAACUACAAUCUUCAUCAAACCUCUACUGAUACUAAGUUUGUUGUUGCUGUUGUUGUUGUUUUUAUACAGUGAUAAAUAUUGUCAACUAAAUACAAUGUUAGCAAUAAAAUUUUUUAUUUAUAAUCCAGAAUGUUCUAUUCCAAUUACUUAUCGUUUACAAUUAUCAUUAUUUAAAAAUAUGGAUUGGAAUAAAUUAAUAAAAAAAUUACAUGAAAUAACACAUAAACAAUAUUCUGGUUUUACAUUAACAUGGAAUGAUGGAUUUCAUAAUUGUAUUAUUACAGAUGUAAAAGAUAUUAUAAGAGCUGUAGAAUAUAUGCAAAAUAAACAAUUACAUAAUGAUAAUUGUUUACAUAUAAAAGUGAAUAGUUUACCAAAAUCACUACCAAAUGAAAAUGUAUUUACUACUAAUUCAUCUAAAGUAGUAAAUCAAGUUUAUCCACCUACAUAUACUGAAGCAAUUGGUUCACAGACAACUACAUUAACUAAGACAAAUCGAACAGAAAAUAAAAUUAUUAUUAUACGUCCUAAUCAACAGAAUAGAAAUCAAUAGAAUAUAGUUAAUGAAUAUACUUGUACUUUUAUAAAGUUAAUUAUGAUGCAAUACUAUAUUUAUGAUUACUAUACUGAGUUUGUUGAAAAUUUCAGAAAGGCUUGGAGAGGUUCGAUCCAUAGAACUCACUUGGAAAGGGAUCUGAUUUUGUAAUUUUAUUUUGAACAUUUGAAUUCCUUUGUUUUGGCGCUAAAAGCGAUCUUUUCACUUUCAUGUGGUAUUUCCCACUUGGGAAAAUCUUAAAUCCUAUUGGUCCGUUGUGUCUUUCAGUAUGCUAUUUAGUAACGCUUCCCAAGGAUGGUUUUAUGUUGUAUAUAUACGUUUUGAUUUGUGUCUGUUGUCAUCGCUCAUGAUUCUGGCUUUUUCUGGAAUAUACUUUUCCGUUCGG